ACUGACGUAACGUAACGUAACGUAAUCGCUAAUAAACUCUCGACCAAGUAAUCGCUCGAUCGACGAGACGACGAUGCCUCUUCCGAAUAUUUGGAGAAGAGCGAGCACCUAUAUCCUUGGGGAAUGCGGCCAGGACAACCGGCGCGUCGUUUAUCAAGACGGCGAGGCAUUGUUCUGCAAAAAUAACGUCUGCGUGCACCCUCCUACGUUAAUGAGACAGCACGCCGACGUGGUGCAUCAUCCCGGAUAUAUGACUAUAACUUGCAAGUUGACCAACGAUUCCAACAAUUUGCCGAUUCCGACCUUGCACCUAAGUUGGAUACCCAACAGCACGUUGCGCAAACAUCCUACGGCGUUGGAGAAUCUAAGUAGCAGGAACGCUGCCGCGCGUCGGGACGACGCGAUCGAUCAUCCGACUUACCCGAGUUCCCGUAUCCCGGCCCCGGGAAAUACCCGCAGCGAUUCGCUCAACGUUUCGGACGCGAGACGCGAGAUUGAGACCGAGAACGAGAACGAGAACGAGAACGAGAACGGUACGGAGAUCGAUAACGGAAAUGGUCGGCUAGAUGUGUGCUUGGAGGCAAAGGAGCCGGUCAAUUGCGGAGACUGCGAACGCGUUUGUUCCAGUUCGAGCUAUCGUUCCAGUUACGGCAACGACUUUCCACCUCACCGAGAGCGAGACCCAAGCGUCACGCUCGAUCGCAACGACGACGCAAAUGCCACCGCUAUCGAGACCGACAACGAGAUCGAGAAUCGUCCCAACUCGAGCAAUGAAAAGAAUCAAGAUCGACUGGUAAAAGAGCGGGACUGCUUUAACGAGAUCGACGCGAGGAGCAUCGACGAGGAUCCACGCUUCUCGUACCGCGACCGCGACGAUGUCAGCGUCAAGAGUCGCAGCUUGUCAUUAACGUCGACGUGCAGUUUGUCCAUCUCGGUAUCUACCGAUGCGGAAGAAAUGCCGUCGUGGAUGAGGUCUCCGGAACUCCUGGCGUUACAACACAAUCUCGUCUUUCCCGAGAGCGCGACCGCAUCGCCGGUGACGUUGCGUAGAGCGCAUCGAUGCAGAAGGUUCUCGGUGGAUCUCAGCGAGAUGCGAUCCUUGCGGCUGUUUUUCGCCGAUCCUGCUUGCACCUGCGGUCAGUUGGUCGUGGCGAGCAGGGAGAGCCAAUACAAGAUCUUGCAUUUCCAUCACGGUGGUCCCGCCACUCUACAUCAAUGGCAUCAACUGCUUUAUCCGCGCCUAAACACGGACACGGAAGAGACUUUGCCGUACAGGCAUUUUAUGGUAUGUCGGCCGGAAGUGAGCCGAGACGAGCUGCAUCCCGAGGAGGGUCAAGUACCGAUGAUCACGUCGCUAGCUUGGAAAGAUUUAUUGAACGAACGGGGCCAGGUCGAGGAUGAUCUCGCUCUUCGUAAGGGAAUAUUUUUUGGGGGUUUGGAACCAGCGCUACGAAAGAUCGUUUGGCCUUUCCUGUUGCACUGUUACUCUUAUCAAAGUACCUACGAGGACCGAGAGCAGAUCGACGCGAUUAGACAGCAAGAGUACGAAGAAAUACAGAAACGCAGACUGAGCAUGAAUCCAGAGCAAGCCGAGCGUUUCUGGCGAAACGUAGUGUGCAUAGUGGAGAAAGAUGUUGUUCGCACGGAUAGGGCUAAUCCAUAUUACGCCGGUGAGGGUAAUCCCAAUGUCGAAAUAAUGAAGAAUAUUUUACUCAAUUACGCAGUAUACAAUUGCCGCUUGGGUUACACUCAAGGAAUGUCCGAUCUCUUAGCUCCGUUACUAGCCGAACUCAACUCUGAAAUCGAGGCCUUUUGGUGUUUUGCGGGUUUGAUGCAAAGAUCGGUAGCCGUGUGCACUCCGACGGAUACAGAUAUGGAUAGAAAUCUGUGCUAUCUUCGAGAAUUAGUAAGAAUCAUGGUACCAGAUUUUUAUACGCAUCUUCAAAAACACGCGGAUGCCUUGGAGCUCCUUUUCUGUCAUCGAUGGAUACUCUUAUGCUUAAAAAGAGAAUUCCCAACCGAGAUAGCGUUGGUCAUGUGGGAAGCCUGCUGGGUCAAUUAUUUAACGGAUCAUUUCCACUUAUUUCUUUGCCUCGCUAUAAUGUGCGUUUAUGCGGACGACGUGAUCGCCCAAGAUCUUCGAACCGACGAAAUGUUGCUGCAUUUCAGUUCAUUGGCCAUGUAUAUGGAUGGGAACAUUAUACUUAGAAAGGCACGAGGCUUACUUCAUCAUUUCCGUCAGCUCGUUCGUUUACCUUGCACAUUAGCCGGACUAUGUCGACAAUGUGGUCCAGGAAUGUGGGACAGCGCGCAUGAUCCGGUAAUAGAGUGUGUAGGUCACGAGGAUAUGCACUGUCCCUAUUUAAAUAAUUACGAGUAACUGUCUAAUUUAUAGAAGAAGAAGAAGAAGAAGAAGAAGAAGAGAGCUCAUCAGUAUUACUUGACGUACAGAUUAACUCGUUUCGUCGAAUUAU